UUCCGAGCUGUCCGUCGCGCUCUGCACGUCCCGCUGACCGCGUGCCUGCUUCUGAGAAAUGGCUCACAACGGGACGGAAGGCGCUGACGCCCCGGUGACUGCGGGAGAACCGGUCUCGCAGCCCAGCGUCGUGGGCCGCGUGGCCAGCAUGCCCCUCAUCAGCUCCACCUGCGACAUGGUGUCAGCCGUCUACGCCUCCACCAAGGAGAGCCACCCCCACGUCAAGACCGUGUGCGACGCGGCUGAGAAGGGCGUGAAGACCCUCACGGCGGCCGCCGUCAGCGGGGCCCAGCCCAUCCUCUCCAAGCUGGAGCCCCAGAUCACAUCAGCCAGCGAGUACGCCCACAGGGGGCUGGACAAGCUGGAGGAGAAUCUGCCCAUCCUGCAGCAGCACACGGAGAAGGUGCUGGCAGACACCAAGGAGCUCGUCUCGUCCAAGGUGUCGGGGGCCCGAGAAGCCGUGUCCAACACGGUGUCCAGCGCCAAGGACACAGUGGCCACCCGAGUGACGGAGGCAGUCGGCGUGACCCGGGGCGCCGUGCAGACUGGUGUGGACGCCACCAAGUCUGUGGUGGCCAGCGGCGUCCAGUCGGUCAUGGGCUCCCGGGUGGGCCAGAUGGUGCUGAGCGGGGUGGACACGAUGCUGGGCAAGUCCGAGGAAUGGAUGGACAACCACCUGCCCAUGACAGACGCUGAGCUGGCCCGCCUCGCCACGUCCCUGGAGGGCUUCGACAUCGCCUCGGUGCAGCAGCAGCGGCAGGAGCAGAGCUACUUCGUGCGCCUGGGCUCCCUGUCGGAGCGGCUGCGCCAGCGGGCCUACGCGCACUCGCUGGGCAAACUGCAGCAGACGCGGCAGCGGGCGCAGGAGGCCCUGACGCAGCUGGCGCAGGCGCUCAGCCUGAUGGAAACCGUCAAGCAUGGAGUUGAUCAGAAGCUGGUGGAGGGUCAGGAGAAACUGCACCAGAUGUGGCUCAGCUGGACCCAGAAGCAGCUCCAGGGCACGGAGGAGAACCCGGCCAAGCCAGAGCAGGUGGAGUCCCAGACGCUCGCCAUGUGCCGUGACGUUGCACACCAGCUGCGGGACACCUGUGUCUCGCUGGGGUCCAGCGUCCAGGGGCUGCCGACCCACGUGAAGGACCAAGUGCAGCAGGCUCGCCACCAGGUGGAGGACCUCCAGGCCACCUUCUCCGGCAUCCACUCCUUCCAGGACCUGUCCGGCGCCAUCCUGACGCAGAGCCGAGAGCGGGUGGCCAAGGCCCGAGAGGCCCUUGACCACAUGGUGGAGUACGUGGCCCAGAACGCGCCCAUCAUGUGGCUGGUCGGACCCUUUGCGCCAGGUGUCGUGGAGAAAGCUCCGGAAGUCGUGGGGAACGCCCCGGAAGUCGUGGAGAACGCUCCGGAAGCUGUGGAGAACGCCCCGGAAGUUGUGGAGAACGCCCCGGAAGGGAAGAAAUAGGACCACCAGAAGGGGCCUCAAGGGACUUAGUCUCUCCCUGAGGGGUCAGCACGAGCACUGCACCCCUCGCCCCGUCACCCCUCUCCCCUUUGCCCCGCUUGGAACGUGUGUUACUUCCUUUCCUCCCAGCGUAUCUCCGCUACCACCUCGGGGAGCCCCCUCCGCGAGCUCGGAGGACGCACGUUCUGAGCCUUACUUCCAUCAGUCAUUAGGGGAAGGUUUCCAGAAACAAAUUUUUUCUAGAAGGUCCUCAACUCCCCCCACCCCAUUUUUUUUUUCCUUAGAAACAAAGGGUAGAUUCCUUAGAUCCCGUCUGUCCUGUUCAAGGCCCCUGGAUAUCCGCCUUUGGCUAACGGACUUGGACUUCUGGCCCGCGAAGUGGCCCUUCUGGGGUCUGGGGUGGAGGCAGAACGGCUGAGACCCAUUCUAGAGCAGACGGGGGCCGGGGUCGGCCUGGCCAGUCGUGGGUGCGUGGAGUUUCGCUGUUGCCUUAAUAAAUUUCACCUGCAGCUAAGUA